GGCCGCAGGGCGAGAGGACACGGGCAAGAUGGCGGCGGCUGCGGCGGCUCUGCGGCACCUGGCGCUGGGCGCCCGCCUCGCCCCGCACGGCCGCAACGCCGGGCCGCCGCUCCAGCRGCUCCAGCAGCGCAGGGGCCUCCGYCUCUCUGCGCCCGCCGCCAUACAGGUGACGGUGCGGGACGCGCUGAACCAGGCGCUGGAUGAGGAGCUGGAGCGGGACGAGCGCGUCUUCCUGCUGGGCGAGGAGGUGGCACAGUACGAUGGCGCCUACAAGAUCUCCAGGGGUCUCUGGAAGAAGUACGGGGACAAAAGAGUGAUCGACACUCCGAUAUCCGAGAUGGGCUUCGCAGGAAUCGCUGUCGGUGCUGCUAUGGCAGGGUUGAGACCAGUGUGUGAAUUCAUGACAUUCAACUUCUCCAUGCAAGCAAUCGAUCAGGUUAUCAACUCUGCUGCCAAGACCUGUUACAUGUCUGCGGGAUCCAUCGCUGUUCCCAUUGUCUUCCGAGGCCCCAAUGGAGCAUCAGCCGGAGUGGCUGCYCAGCAUUCCCAGUGCUUCGCAGCCUGGUACGGGCACUGCCCCGGCCUCAAAGUCGUCAGUCCCUGGAGYGCAGAAGAUGCCAAAGGGCUGCUGAAGGCAUCAAUCCGGGAUGAUAAUCCAGUUGUGAUGCUGGAAAAUGAAUUACUCUAUGGUGUUCCCUUUGAAAUGUCUGAACAGGCACAGUCAAAGGAAUUUGUUAUUCCCAUUGGAAAAGCUAAAAUAGAAAGGCCAGGAACUCAUGUUACAUUAGUGUCACACUCAAGACCUGUYGGCCAUUGUUUGGAAGCAGCUGCUGUACUUUCUAAAGAAGGUGUAGAGUGUGAGGUAAUAAACCUGCGAACCAUUCGACCGAUGGAUAUCGAAGCGGUGGAAGCCAGCGUGGUCAAGACAAACCAUCUGGUCACUGUAGAAGGAGGCUGGCCCCAGUUUGGAGUAGGAGCUGAAAUCUGUGCCAGGAUCAUGGAAGGACCUGCCUUUAACUACUUGGAUGCUCCAGCUGUGCGUGUCACCGGUGCUGAUGUCCCCAUGCCUUACGCAAAAAUCUUAGAGGAUAACUGCAUACCUCAAGUGAAGGAUAUAGUAUUUGCAGUGAAAAAAGCUUUGAAUAUAUAAGUUGUAAAUACAUGUUUUAAAAGUCCUGCUUUACAAGGUAUUAUUGGUGUUGGGCACGUUGUAUGCAUAACUUCUGUUGUAUAAGCUCCAUGAACUUUUGUACAGUGGGGAGAGUAUAGUGGCSUCCCAAAAUAUUUAUAUGGGUUUACCCCCCAAGCCACACUUCAUAUAUGCAGCAAUGUGGUAAUGCUUGUUUGUUCAACAGUUGGAUUAGUGCUACGGCUUGUGGAGGAAUCCUGUUCUAAACUCAGAAUGAGGAAAAAAAUCCUCUGUUUUCGCUUGGCUUGUAAGUACCGGAGGAGCUGUGUUGAACCUGCUGCAGCAAUGAUUGAGUGCAGAGCUGCAGAGAGCAAGAGCAGGCCCCGAAUGCUGUACAUCUGUAGGAGCCUGUGGUUGCCAAGGCUCACUAAAGAGGAAUGAUGAAGUUGAUCAGGUAAAGCCCAGCCUGUCAGUGCAGCAGUUCAGUGCAGCUCUGAGCAGAGGCUGUGGCAGCCCCCAGGGUGGGUUAAGAGGUGGUGGCUGUGUCUGGUUUGAAGAGCAGUCCGCACAUGAAGAAAGGCUUCCGCACAAGAACUGAAAUAAAGAUCCUGAUCCUUUCCAGUAGAUUAUGGGAAACAGUACCUAAUUUUUCUUUACUAGCUGCCACCUAACAGUGAUAAAAAAAUUAUGUGCCCAGA